AUGCAUUGUAUUAAAUUUCAAGUUUACCAUGGCGGAGACAUAUACGAUAUGGUUCUCUCGACUGACUCAUCGGAUCCAUCAGUAGCAGAUCUUCAGCGACAAAUCGAACGACAAUUUCAUAUUCCAAUUAAAAAUCAACGCAUUUUAUUCAAAGGACAAGAUCUACAUGAGAAUCAACAGGGUAAAUUGAGACGAUAUGGUAUUACCAAUGCUUGUGCGAUUCGUGUAGUUGGACAUAAAGAGUUAUGA